CACGCCUCUUCCGCCAUCAGCAAUCUCUUCUUCCACGGCAAAGCCGAGCUCUGCCGCGCAAAGUUCGGUUCUUGCUUCAGCGAGGAGUUCGUUGAAUGGGUCCGGAGGCAGGGGAGGUUCCCAGAAUUCGUAAAGGGCAGGCUUUUCAAUUCUUGCCGGAGCAUCGAAGGCGAGUUUCUGAGCCGACUUUCGAAAGAACCGGCGUUCAAUGGGGACAGGAUAUUUGCCGUCGGGCCGCUUAAUCCGAUUGCGGCGGAUAGGCGGGAGAGGGAAGAUGAGUGUUUGGAGUGGCUUGACCGGCAGCCAGCGGCGUCGGUGGUGUACGUCUCGUUCGGCACAACCACGUCCAUGUCGAGGCGGCAGGAGAGGGAGAUUGCGGCGGGGCUUGAGGAAAGCGGGCAGAGGUUUAUUUGGGUUCGCCGGGAGGCGGAUCGCUGCGAUGUGUUUGAGGCUCGGGAGGAAGGAGAAGAGGACAUGGAUUUGGCUGAGUGGGAAGAAAG